CAAAAAUCUGCUGUGAAUAUUGUUGCACGAAUUUGGUCACUAUCUCCGGUGGGAAGUUGUACCCACAAUGCGCUAACUCAUGUGACUGGCAUGUGACGCAAAUGAUAAUUGCGCAAAGCAAAGAUUAAUGCAUUUUUUCAUAGAUUUUUUGUAACUAUUUUUGAAAAUGGCAUAUAUAGCUGGUAUAGAACUUGGAGGAACAUCAUGUGUUGUAGCAAUGUCUGAUAUUAAAAAUCCAGAAAUUAUUUUAGAGCGUAAGGAUUUUGAUACAGGUGACAUUCCAACUGCAACUCUGAAUACUUUGGUCCAAUAUUUGCAGGAACUUUUGAAAAAAUAUGGGAUUGGAAGUUUUAAGGCGAUUGCAAUUGCUUCCUUUGGUCCAAUUGACCUUCGAAAAGAAUCGGCAAAGUACGGAUACAUAACAACCACGCCGAAACCUGGUUGGAAAAAUGUCAAUGUUGUCGGUGUGUUUACUCGGGCAUUUCCAGAGGUACCAGUCAUGUUUGAGACUGAUGUCAAUGCCCCAGCAAUGGCUGAAGCAAUGGUAUCUGGUGGUCCAAGGAAUUUGAAUGUGGUAUAUGUUACAGUUGGGACGGGAGUUGGUGUUGGUGUAUACGUAAACGACAUGCCCAUUCAUGGAUUGUUACACCCAGAAGCAGGUCACAUGAUUGUGGGUGUAAUGCCAGGUGAUACCUACUCUGGUAGUUGUCCAUUUCAUAGAAACUGUGUUGAAGGAAUGGUCAACUCCCAUGCAUUAGCUGCGAGAGCAGGUGUAGAUCCCUCUCAACUUGCCACACUGCCUGAUUCCCACCUGGUGUGGAAUAUAGCUGGAUAUUACUUGGGUGUCUUGUGUGUUAAUCUCACCUUGACACUAUCACCUAAUGUAAUAAUUCUUGGAGGUGGGGUGAUGCAAGGAAAGGUCAUUUUUCAAAACUGUAGAAGAGUAUUCAAGGAACUGAAUGCAGACUACGUUUUGGUUGAGAAAUUUCAAACUGAUGAGGGAUUGAAUGAGUAUAUUUGUGGUAGCCAAUUUGGCAACAAUGCUGGUAUAAUUGGUACAUUAUUCUUGGCGAAAACUGCUUUGCAAAAUGCUUGAUUGACUUAAGUUAAUCAACUAUAAAUACUUUUUAACUUUAACUUUUUAACUUUAACUUAACUCUAAUUGUGUUUCUGUGGACUUCUAAUUGCAAAAUCUUUUGAAGUUGGAACUUUCUCUUAGUUAGUUCUUCUUUAUACACAAGGAAUAGUUUAAAUCAUUGAAAUGUUAUCUGUGAAAUA